AUGGGUUUAUAUGUCGUUAUGCUUCAAGUGAUAUUUAUUAAAUUUUUAAAAUUGAUUCCUGUUUUGAUGAUACUGAUAUGCGGUUUUGGUUUAAGUUAUUACAUGUUGUUACAAUAUCAACCUGUCUAUGGUACACCGUUUGAAGCACUAAUGCGUACAAGUCUCAUGUUAUUUGAGUUAGGUUAUGAAGAUCGACUCUACUCGAGUGACAAAAAUGGUGUAAUGUAUUAUCCUGUUAUAUAUUUUAUAUUUAUAUUAACAGCCAUCGUAAUGACAAUAUUAAUAACAAACUUAUUGAUUGGUUUAGCUGUUGGUGAAAUACCAACUUUAAAAACACAAGCAAAAUUACAUCGCGAUAUUAUGUUAUAUGAAUUAUUAUCAGAUUAUGAAAUAUUACAUUUACAAAUAAAACGUUUAUAUCGUUUUUUGAUUAAAUAUUGUCUAUGUCAGUGUUGUUGUUUAUUUUCAUUAGAAUGUUAUAAACGAUGUUGUCCACAUUGUACGGUAAGCUAUCAAGAUUAUGACAAACAAUAUCUUCCAAUAUAUUAUCCAACAUUUUGGAUGUGUAAAGUGCAUUCUCGAUCAGCGAUUGAGGUUAAUCAAGAUCCACAACAAGCAUGGUUUGGUAAACGUUGGUGGACUUGGCUGGAAACAAGAUUUACCGAAAAUGACAUACAAGAGUCAAUUGUGUAUGAAAAACAGUAUAAAGGAAUGCAUAAACAAAAUCAGGAUGGAUUUGAUGAAUAA